AUGACCAAGUCGUUAUUCACUUCUUUCACUCUGAAAGCAUAUUGUUUUUUCGCGUUGUUGUGCGCCAUUUCAGUCGCCGGGAAGUCCACGCAAGCACGAAGGGUCUAUCCCGUUGAUCCGUCUUAUGCUCCCCGACUCCAGUUGGCACAAACCGAGCCGGCCUAUGAUAUAUCCCUAUACUACGCCGAGUCAGGUUACCAAGUAUCCGACCACUAUGCUUCGACUGUAAUUUGGUCAAUGCGUCAUCUGACUGUUGUCGCUUCAGAUCAUGCUGGAAUACGAUCAGCAAAAUGCGAUAUCAACGGAAUCCACUUGGAAUUCUCGACGAAAACCUUCAAGCUCAAAGCCGAGCAAUGGGCGUUUCCAAUGGUCAUAGUCUUGGAUGGAAACACCGGAGACUGCGCUUCUGACGGGCCAGAUGGGGAAAGGUACCACCCUUUCUUUGCGGAAUCGCUUCUUCCGGGCCACGAUGAUCAGUCAACAACUCUGAACCUUCUUGGUUUUCGCACUCGAUGGGAGACUGUGGCUUACGAGCACCAAGUGCAAGUGACUCAAGUGAAGGCUGGACAAUCUGAAUCCGAUCCCUCAAAAAAGUCGGCACACGCACGAAGAGGACUUUUACCCCCAACGUCCAUGAAAGUUUCACCUUCCUUAAACUUCGAUCGCCAAAAAAACAGUUGUUCGACCAGCGAAGUUCCUAUCAACGUGGCUACUUGGGAAAACGGAUCGCUUGACGUGAAAUGUAAAAAUUGUUAUCUUGAUUCCGAUUUUCAGUUAAACAUCUAUUGGGCGAGUCGCAUCAUCAAUGCUGGAAUUAAGUGUAUAGACAAAAUGAUGAAAAGUCUAUACCGCGCAGAACAACAACUCAUUCAACUGGCUCGAUCGGCUCAACAAAUCGUCGUAUCUCAGUUUUCAAAGCUUAGCGAACAGCUGGCGGAUACGCUCUCAGGGUUUUACAACCGAGUCAACGACCUUGCUUUGUCCACGGAUCAAACGGAGCAACUGAAGCUGAAAGACGAGCUGGCCAAAGCUACCGCGUCUGUUGAGGCCACCAGUACUCGAUUGCUUGGUGUUACAGAAGGUCAACUGGCCCUCGGUCUUCUCUCUUCUCGAAUUUCUCGUCGAGAGGCGUUUCUAGCGAUCAAGGAACUCAAGGACAUUGUGGCGAGCACCACCAGUGAAUUAGAGCUCAUGUUACAGGGUGGAACUCAGCUGGUGAUCGAUGAACUCAGUCUUCCAGUGUGUACCGUUUCUCAAGAGAAGAACCUUCCAAGUAACGGAGGAUUCUGUCGCAAACGGCGCAAGGAAACAUCGGCGCGAUUGACUGGACGUUUGAAAGUCAAUUUUGACGUGGAAAUCAAGUUAACCGGUGUUGGCGAGCUUACCAAUGGGGACGUGAAUGUUUUUUCUGUCAAUCUAGCCGGACUCCAAAUCCCAGGUAUAUUGUCGGUUGGUCCCCAGGCUCGAUUGAUCAGUCACACCGGCUUAGUAUUCACCAGCUCUGCGACCCUGACUGUGGGGGCCGAUGCCGAGUGGCGAAACAUUGACACCACCAUCGACGGUAAAACGAAGACGCUCAGCAAAUUGGAUAAAAGCAACUUCGUUUUGCGACACCAUCGUCCACAGUUUGAAAUCAAUCCUCAAAAAAUUUCGCUGGAGCAACACUUCAAGCCUCAAGUGACGUUCGGGAUCGAUUUUCUCCUUGGUUCUCAAGAAUUGCUUGUGGGGGUCGGAGCUGAUAUCGGUUUAAUCAACACCCUGAAACUACCCACGCGAAUUUCCAAGCAAAAGCAAUCUUGUUUAGAUGGUUUGAUGUACGACUUUUCGGUUACGUCAAAACUGGACGCCAUCAUGAUCCUUCCUUCGAUUCCGGGUCUUUCAUUUCUCAGUUUAUUUUCAUCAAAGGCUGCGGCAAUCAGCCAAGGCUCAUACCCUCUUUUAGUCUGCCCAAACAUCACAGUAGUUGAGCACUGUUUUAAAUUACCUGUUGGAUUUUUGUCUCAUCUUAAUCAACGUUUGGACAAGUUUACAAAAUCAAAUAAUUUACCCAAAAUUUCCAGUACAGUACUCUAG